GCGUAUUUCGUCAUCUGGUUCGGAAACAAGUUCCCCUCGCUUGUGAGCAAGCAACAAGCAAGUGGCUCGUAGCAUGGCCGAAACGAUGGCAACGACCUGACAGUGCAGCAUUGCCGUGAGGUUUGGGCUGCCACUGUCGCUGCGAGUGUGUGUGUGUGUGUGCGUGUUGCAUUGUGGAGGCAGAGACGCACUGCUGGCAGCCAGGACUGACACGUUGAGGAUGGCGGAUGAGAGUGACACUGUGGCGUUUGUCGACGAUCUGUUGACACGGCUGGAGAGGGUGACAACCCCAGCGCGUCGAGCGGGCCUGACCGAGCCGGAGAUCAACAGGCUGUGUCGGGUUGUGCUCGAGGUGUUGAAGCAAGACGAUGUGGUGGUCAACGUCCCUGCACCGUGCCACAUCAUCGGUGAUAUCCACGGACAGUACAUGGACCUGUUGCGGCAGCUUGAGUUUGGUGGCACAGCACACAAUUAUGUGUUCCUUGGUGACUACGUCGAUCGCGGCAAGCAGUCUAUCGAGACAAUCUGCCUUCUCUUCUGCCUCAAGGUGAAGUACCCGAAGCAGUACUGCUUACUGCGUGGCAACCACGAGUGCGCCAGUGUCAACCGCCUCUAUGGGUUCUACGACGACUGCAAGCGCCAGUACUCCAUCAAGCUCUGGAAAACGUUUACCAUGUGCUUCAACCACCUUCCGGUUGCAGCCGUUGUUGCAGACGAGAUCUUCUGCAUCCACGGUGGCCUCUCCCCAGAUUUGACAGGCAUUGAGGCGCUGCGAACGCUGGAGCGGCCGGUGGACUCGGCUGAUCCCGGCUUGCUCUCGGAUCUUCUUUGGUCAGAUCCAGAUGCCAGCAUUAUGGGCUGGGGCGAAAACGACCGUGGCACGGGGUUCACCUUUGGCCCCGACGUUGUUGCGCAGUUUCUCGCACACGAGAACCUCAGCCUCAUCUGUCGAGCACACCAGGUUGUAGAAGACGGGUACGAGUUCUUCGGGAACCGACAGCUGGUGACCAUCUUUGGGGCACCCAACUACUGCGGCCAGUUCGACAACGCUGCCGCCAUGCUGACCAUAUCAAAGGACCUCGUCUGUUCCUUCCACAUUGUCCACCCUGUCAAACUGAACAAGAAACCGCAUGCUGCAGGGGCCAGCACGAGCUCCAGAAGCAGCUAG